AUGGAUUUGUCUUUAUUCUCAGAUAUUAAGUCCUCAAUUAAGAAGGAAGCUGAAUCUCAACAUUCUAACAAAAACAACAAGCCUUCAAAGAAGGAUACAAGCAAUCUAACAAAAAAAAGGAAAGAAGGAAAAGAACAGACUUCUUCUGAUAAUAAAGACGACAAGAAGAAUCAGAAAAAUGAUGGGAAGCCACAAACCAAGAAAGCCAAAAAGGAGAAUGAAACUUUGCUGAAAGACAUAAUUGAUUUAGGAGGCUCCAAAGAAGAUUUGGAAUUAAUUAAAGACAUCGGAAGUGAUGAAGAGAUUGAUCCUAAACAGGAUAAAAAUAAGAAAUCAUUCAAAGCCGGUGAGGACUCCGAGUCUAGUCUUUUACAGGAUUUAUCCAAAUUCGCUAGUCAACUUGGAUUUGCUCAAGAUAAGUUUGAUGAGCGUGCGUACGAUUCAGAAUCCGUUGAAGACGAUAGUGAAAAUGAAGAAGCCUCUUCGUCAACUGGCUCAGAUUCAGAAGGAGGAGAGCAAGAAGACGAUACUUCUGAGAAGUAA